GCUCAAUGUUAGUCAGUAGCUUGGAGACAAAGUAUGGCGGCUUGACGGACGAAAACAGAAACCUGAGGAAACAAUCAUAAUGCCUUCUCUAGCCGAGGGAAAGAAUUUCAAGCCGAAAGUGCUUGUUUGGACUGACUUAACUCUAGACAAUGUGGUAGACAUUCAAAGAAGUGAAACUCCAGAGGAUGUACAAAGUCUAUUGGCAGAUAUCCUCCGCCUAAAAGAUUGGAAAGAUGACCUCAGGCAGGGGAUCCUUGUGGAUCUUUAUUUUUAUACUGUGCAAUUUGGUAAAGAAAAUGGAUUUACCGCAGAACAGAUGUCAGCAUGGUUCUCUAUUAUCAAGUGUGUUCACGAGAUGGCUGUUGAUACACCAUAUGGGAAUGUGGAACCAGUUUUUGAAUACUUUAAGGAACUUCUUCUUUGUCAUUCUGUCAAGAGACCACCCUACAGUGUUGCUCUUUUCUCAGUUGAUCAAGUGAAGAAGCUAACCACAUAUGCAGUCAACACGUACUUCAGGCAUUUUAAGAUGUACAAGUAUACAUUUACACCAAAGGUUCGUCUUGACCUUAGUCUGAAAUACAUUGGAUUGCCAGAAACACCAGAACCCUCUGAAGUUGGUGAAGCAGACCAAGGAGCUGAUGGUGGUGCUGAAGAGGUUACUAGUGAUGUUGAGAAAACAGAAGCAGAAGCAGUCACUGUUCAAGAAGAAGACACUCCAGCAGUGAAGGAACUCAAAGCAAUCAUAAACUCAGCUCUUUCUGAACAGGUUCAACAACUGAAAACAAGUGUGGAUCAGCAAUUAAAAGCACAAGAUGAAGAAAUUGCAGUGAAGAUGGGCAUCUCUGCAGAUGUUUCCGGUCCACCAAAAAGUCCCAAAACAAAGAAAAGAGGAAAAUAGACUCACGACCUUUAAAUGAAAGGAUAGUGACCAUUAUUAGGUGCUGGCUGACCAUGAAGUUUUAUCUAGUAGUUAUGCACCAGUUGUGAUGAAAUUAUUGUCAAAAGAACCUCUGAUAAUGUUUGGCAUCACAAUUAAAGGUCAAUGCACA